AUGACGCGACGUCAGAGUCACCAGUCGGGCUACUACGGCGGUGGACCGCCUGGCUCGGGCAAUUCGGUCGCCUCUCUGAAACGUGACGCUCCCUCCGGC